GGGCUACGGAAGGGGGCUGGAGGAAGCAGGAGGGCUGGAGGUGGGACCGAGUGCCGGUAAGCGAGCGAGAGUGCGAGAGCGAGAAGACGAGGUGAAUAGUGAGUCCGUGAGCUCGAGUGAGUAACUGGGAGUCGCAACUGGGGGACCCACUCAGUCACCACGAGAUCGGCAAGCCGAAUGGUCAACCGCGCCGGUGGUUCUUCUGAAAAGCCUACAACGAGUUAAAGAGGGCUCCCUGGCAGGGGUCCUGGAAUCAAGCGCAGGAUUAGACCCUCGAAUGUCAACGGGCGCGACCGUCCACAGUUACCUCGAUUCGAUCGCGGCGCAUCAGGUAGACGGAGAGAGACAGUUUCGUCGCCGCCUCAAUUUCCCGACGGAGAACAGACUGACCGAUUCAUAUCAGAUUCAUCUUGAGAGAACGCUUCUGACAAUGUGGAGAGUUCUGGUGCGCUGUUAUGUCACUUUAACGUCCACUUGACGCACGAGUAACGAUUAAAACCGCGGUGUACGAAAUCCGUCUCGCGCGCGCGCGCGCGGUCUCCGGGUCCCCGGCGGGUCUCGCGGUUUCGGUAUAUCCCGGGGAUUAUAAACAAUAUAUCCUCGCGUGACAGUUCGUCCUCAAGCACACAGCGUGGCAUACGCUGAACGGUGAAACGUUAACGGACGACUGCGCCGUUUUUUCGGAGCAACCAGUCGAUUCGCGGCAAGAACGCGAGUGCGCAAGUGGAUGCGAGCGGAAACUGUCAUCCGGAGCAGCCGAGGACUCUCCUGCAGGAGGACGAGGAAGAGAUGAUCUUCGUGCUGCUGGUGGCCGGAGCGUUCGCCCUCGCCACACUAAGGCGGUACUCAGUGGCACAAACGAUUACUCUCACGAGUUUUGCCUUCUUCCUGACUUCGUGGCUGAACUCGGCAUCGGGAACAUCCGCGAACGAUCUACAAUUUGUGCCAAACUCCAGUGACAUAGAGCCCUGGUAUCAGCCUUGUGGCACCCGUGGCCUGGCGGCCUCGCGCAGGAUGCAUAAUUCCAACGACUCGAGCAACAUUAUGAAGAGGGUGCGAACGCAAUUGCGAGUCGCGCAAAAUCACUUCAAUAAAACUUUCAAGGACGUGCGCAUAGUUUACUCGAAGGUGUACAGAGUGUUGACACUAAAAGAACAAUACAAGAUGAAUUGGUUGCCAAGAAGGUUGCCCGAAUGGUACCACAGGGAACUUUGGUGUUCGGAAAAGGGGAAGAAAGCCGAGCUUCCGCACUUACAUGAAGCGCUUCAGAGGUUCUCGAUUACAUUUCAUUAUCUUAAAGAAUUUCGUCUCGACUCCAAUAUCGACGUCACUCGCGGCAUUAUUAAGAGGCGGACUAAGAUCAUCGACAAAGCGCAUAAUCAGGUUCUCAGGUUGCUGUGCGAAGUCGAAGCCGCCAUGAUAAAUCUGGAAUUGAGAACUACUAAUGUUAAUGCGCUUAUCAUAACGGAUAAUAUGCAUUGGGCCAAAGAGGGCGAUCUAACUCAAAUGUUGAUUCAGGAUUGGGGCGUGUUAAAACUGUACCAUACCUUUCUGAAAGAUUGGAUAAAAGUUUUUCGCAACGCCACCACUGACAACACGUGCGAUCAUAAUAUCAAGUCUUUGGCUUUUACGCCGAAUAUGCCUAAAAAAUGGUUUAACGGAAAGGGUACGAGAAUACCGAAGAUGAGAAAACGUAAACCGACGAGGAAGCCUGGCCGAAACAAUUCCUUGCGUCAGAACCUGCGGAAGGGAUCUCAAAGGAACAGACUGAUGAAGAAGCAAAAAAGACCUACGUUACGAAGUAAUACAUAAACUACGCGUCGGAGAAGUUUGCGCUUAGUAUCGACGAGAUCUGCUGAUAAUUUAAAAAGACACCGCUCUAUACAGCGUCGAAUCGUAUACUAUCUCAUACUAACAUAACUUUUAUAUUUAUUCCAUUAUCGCAAUCAUGUUCAUUUGAAUAGUUUUACUCGUUUUUCGCAGAUUUGCCAACAUCGUACUAUUGUAUUAAGAUUAUGUAUCUCAAUAGCCGUGAAAAUUGUUAAAUCUGAUAAUUUUGGUUCAGUUAAACCAAUAAUUUUGGAUUGUGGUAAUAGAAAUAUUUUAUCGACAAUACGCGGCUGCAUACUAGAGACCAGUAUUAAAAGAUCUACUUCAGAACAGUAUUAUAUCUAAUAACGUAAAAUGUACCGAGCAUAGUCCAUAAUGAUGAUAAUAAUGUUUCGAAGUACACGGCACACUCGAAUCGAUUAGACUCGCGAAAUAUCGGUCCAAUAGAUUACAGCCGCCGUUAAAGUACACCUGGAACACAUAAUCUUAUAUCGUAUGUGUGUAAAAGGAAUGUAGAAAAAACCCGUUUUCAUUCUCAGGCACUCAGCAAGCUAAGAACAACGAAAAAAAAAAACACACAGUACGUUAUGGAAAUGCGUAUUGAAGAGAAAGAGAGAGACAGAAAGAGAGAAAGAAAUACAGAGAGAAUAAAUUUGCAGACGUACUUCACACAUUUGCAAUUGGCUGUCUUUUACGCCCGAUAUUUGUAUCAAUAUGCCAACAUGGAUCACGCUCACAAUCAAGGUGGCUUGUUACACGGAUUUGAGUUCAUUCAAUUGAAUUGACGGAGUCUGCGAUACGCGCAGGUGUCGAUAGUACGUGAAAGGAUCGACGACGAGUUUAGGCGGCUCGUGAAACUUAUUUAUUCUAGCUUUAAGCAAAUGGCGAGAACUUAAAUGUCGUUUAGCUGUGAUAUCCCGAGCGUACGUGGACGUACAGAGUUCCUACGUUUAUACAUAGGCGCAUAUGCACAUACACAUACACUUACAUAUAUAGGUAUCGUGCGUUGACGCGUACCAUACGUAGACGUAGAUGAUUCUCUCCCCCUUUCCAGUGUGUUUUACCGAAGAAUCUCGCCUUUUCGUGGGAACACAUGACAAUUUAAUCGUUUAUAAUUAAUCGGUCAAAUGACACGAACGCGCGUGGACGACGCCAGAAACGUUUCAACGGAGAGAAGUCCAAGGGUUUUCACGGUUUCUCCUCUGUCUCGCGCUUACGACCAGAUCUAUGCGCUAACUGAUAAUAAGGGACCAUUAUGAACUUUAAUAAGAAUUCGAGCAAAUCUUGAGUUUAUACGUAUGUCAACAUAACGACGUGACGCGUCCUUUUUUGCGAUAGAUUAAAAUCUGCACAAUUAUUUAUAUUGUACAGAUCCGAUAUUUUAUACUGAAGCAGUACUUAACAAGUACUUCGUAGAUUAGCGUUACGCAUACUUUUGUAUUAUAUAUGCACAGGACGCGAUACAAAUUGUUCGUAGACGUGCACUUAAAUUUAAGGCUAUUAUGCAUUUUAUACAAUACACAUAGAAUAUUUAUUCGGACGUGCUCUCUAAAUCUGAAUCAGUAAAAUCUUACUUAGAUUUGCAGUGCCAUACUUGCAACUAUGAUCAUCAGUGACUAUUAGAAAGUACUUUUCAGAAUCAGUUUGUUGUCAGAAAGACAGUUCAUAUGAUCACUGAUUGAUACAGUUAUAAGUUUACCACUGGAAUCAGACUAUUUACUGUGUUUCAGUGAAUAAUACAUUGAUUCUGCUUUAGAGAGUAUAUAUAUAGCGUUCUGUAUUUAUUGUAUCACGUUACCAUUGCAUAUACUAUUUAUUGUCAUGUCUUUACUUAUAUGUGAUCAUCUCGAAUAAAUUCAAUGUUUUGUAUCGAACUGAAGUUUGGAUGACAGAGAUACCUUUAUAAUCCACGUAAUAGUUUAAUUUCAACAAUAUUGUAAAUUGUUCGUUUUGCAUGAACAUUCACGACCGGAAAUAACAGGAGUGCAUAAAGGAUUUUCAAUCUGCAUAGCAUUCGGUCAUUAUUCGUUAUGUAUAUAACGCGGAAAUAAUGUAGAUAAGAAUACGCUAUUUAAAAUGCAACAAACAUGACUUUUUGCAGUAAUAUUUUAAGCGAUUGAUUAGAUAAACAGUUAAAUAAUACGUAACGACGUUAAUUUUUUGUAACUGCUAUUAUGUAUUUAUGUACAUGCUAUAAAUAUUAGUACAUCGCAACGUUACUUUGUUGUUGCUUUCGCACAGUGACAUAAUUAUCUUUAUUUAUAACAUUUAAAGAUAUAUUUAGCCAUAUUUUAUUUUAAAGACAGCAAAAGCGUAAUUGUAAUAAUGAUAAAUAUCACUAUUAAAUUUUUUUACUUAUUUAACUUUAUUUACGUAAGCAACUUUUUUUACUGGAAACUUGAAAAUCGUAUUUAAUUUAUAUGUAUUUAAUUUAUAAAUUUAAACGUAUUCUGUACUUAAUUUACAUUACUACUUUUCUGUAAGUAAAAUGAUUAGGCCAACAUCAUAGUGCAGUUUCAUUAUGAACAGGAUUUCCCAGACGCAUCAAAUGUUGUAAUAGGAGUACACGAAGAGUGGAUAGGUUGUAAUUGCUCCUCACUGCACUUUGCGUUUAUAAAGGGUAAAUCUAUUUGCUGUAAUUUAACUGUUCGGCGCUACUGCAUUAAUAAAAUGUUCGUUAUGUAAAAAGCUAAA